UUUAAUGUAGAAGUUUUGUUCCCGUUCUGCUCAUCAAACUGUUCACUGUUUACGUGGUUGAUAAUACUUACUAAGAGUACUUGUUGAUCGGUUCAUCAUUCAUAUCAGCUGCCGUUGUUCAAGAUAGAAAGGGAUUUUGAAAUCUUUAUUACACGAAUUUUAAUUCACUGUCAAUGAAACCCCGAUCAGGACCCAAAUCGGAUCUAAAUAAAAUUGCAAGAAAUUACCAUCCAAGAGUAUUUGACUAAACAAUUACCUAUUACAUAUCGUUUGAGGAUAAGGAAUCUUCACCGUAACGGUGCAAUUUUGAAAUGCCUUUAUAAUGUCUGACGGAUUUGUUGGCAGUCGGCCAAACAAAGAAAAUCUUGAGUUCAUUUAGCUUUAUCCGUUGACCUGUAGUAGGAAAGAGACUUGCAUUCAUAGUUUCUUGACCAAUGUUUAGAAUGUUUUGAUAUUUUGGAAAUAAACAACAAAAAAUUAACAACAAAGUUUGAUGAGGCUCAUCUAGGAAUCGGUAGGGUAAUGGUGCAUCGGUAUGGCUACAGAUAAAUUGAUAGGUCUAGUUAGCCAGGCGAUCUCUUUCUCUAUCUCUCUCCCUCUUUGACAGUUCAACAUUGCCGGACAUGCUAGAACAUGCCGCUAGCGUACAUGUUCGGAAAUUUGAAGCUUUCAAAUUAAUUUUAUUUGAGAUUAUUAGUUACUAGUUACGAAUUCGUGUUAAACAUCAACUUUAUGUUUCUAAAUUGCAUAGUUCCAGUAUGACACAUCCUUCCGGUUUGUAUAAUCGUAAGAAGAGUCUUCCUGUUGGAGAGGAAAACAAAAACCACGUACUUCGUCUACUGGCCGACCUUUUGGAAAGGGCAAGCCUCAGUACAAACAACGCAAAGAACAUAGGAUUCAUUAUUCGGUCAAAACGUAAUGAGCCGGAAAAAUUCGUUGCCGUGUGUGAAUUGGAACGCGUGCUGGACGACAAGGAUCUCUUGCACGAGUUGGCCAUGAACUACAAAUUCCAUGAUAGAUCCACAGCUCCUGAUUCGUUUAUUACCCAGUUCAAUAAGCUGGCGAAAGAUGCCUACUGGAAUCGAAUGCAAGAUGAGCUGUCGCUUAAACCUCCCAGCUACAAUAUGGUGAUUCAGCUGAUUCGGGAUAUAAAGCAGUCAUUUAAAUCCUUGCUGCGAGGAAAAAAUGAUCGUGCAUUGUAUACGGUUACCUUGUUGCUUGAAAAGCAGUUGAUGCGUGGCAGUACACAGGUACGCAACGCUACUGUUCUUAAUGAAUUUCGUCGCAUAAUCACCAACCUCAUGGGAAUGGUCUGUUGCCCGGCACGUGAUGAAGAAAUCAUGAAACUGAAAAAAGAAACUGAACCCAUUGCCCAGCUGCGCGGAAUAAUGGAAGUGCUGGAGAAAAUGAAGUAUGAAAUGGCCAACUAUUUGCUCGCAUCCACACGUCCUACCAUCAUGCACUACUCCAUCAACUAUGAGCGAGAAAAGUUUAGCGAAAUGAGGGCGACAUUUGGUCGUAAAAAGUUCCCAAACACUAUGGCAUGGUUAAAGCGCACACUUUCUUCCAUCAACAGCACUCACAGUGGCGUUGUGGUGGGCGAUGCGUCUUGCUCUAAGAAUUUCCAAACAAUUAAGUUGAUCGAUAUUCAUAUGCCGGAAUAUUUUGUCGAACCGUAUCAAGAGUUGAUCCAAAUUGAGAAACGAUAUCCGUUGCCGGAGCUGCUAGAGAUCGAUGCUGGACGUUUGGUACGACUGAAAGAACAAAUGUUUCGCUUGUGUGCUUGUGCCGCAAGUAUGCAGAUCACGUUUAAAUCUGUACCAAGUAUGGUCACUCAUCCGAGGCGUCAACAUUUAGCUGCUCAACUGACCAUCGCGAGCACAAACUUCCCUGUUAAAUACAACCAGAGUGAAAUGCUAAAGAACAUUUGUUCAUGUGUCCUUGCUAGUAUCACAGAACAUUCGCAGGAAUCGAAUGGGCCGCUGAUUACUGAAAACAAGAAGAUUUCCCUGUACGCCCAAAUAGUCAGCAUUAACUGCCGCACUUCGGCUUACUCCUCAGUAAGAGUCCAACUAAUGGUAUAUUUGAAAAACCUGCUACUUACUGAAAAUAGAGAAUAUGUUUCCUUUCCAGUUGAGUUCCAAGAUUAUCGCGAGAAGACGAUUGAACUAGCUAGACAAUUUAUUAUUCUUGUCACCUUUAACUUUAGCGUAUACGGUUCGUUCUACUUAAAGGCUGUGAACGAGGGAUAACAGGCCGGAGUAAAACUAUUUAUGUAUACCUAUGACUGCUCAAGAAAUUACAACUGUUUUCAAAAUUACAUUACAUUGUUACAAAGAUUUAUUUGUAACAAUUUAUUUGUACAUUGUUACAAAGAUUUAUUUGUGUGAAAU